AUGCACUUAGAGGCUCUUGUUGGUGUAUCAAUCUUUCAAGCUCGCAGUAAGUUCGGGACAUUUUCAGGUAGUAAAGUGGUCUGCGAUGACCAUUGUUGCAAGCCUUGCACAUCAAUGUAACUUCACAUUUUCGUUAGUGGCGUUAGUAUCGUCGAUCGGUCGUACUCGUAUCGCACUGAUGGCCAUCACAUUUUGCAUGAAGUUCACUUUGACAUCCAAAAUGCUUCGGAGGGCAACUCCUAACUUUAUCUUGACAGAUAAAGGGUCUCUAUCGCGGCUACGCGGGUGGCCCAACGGUGAAAGAUCCAGAGGCCGCGGGACCCACUUCAUCGAAAAGGAGAGCUUAAUUUCUGGGUGGUCCCUGCUACUCCCUCAUGAAAGCAUGGGCGAGAGAAGUGAGAUUUGAUGCCAACGCAGCAGUGCGGCGGGGCUCAAUAA